AUGUCUUCUCACGUCAAAGACACCAACCUCGACCAAACAUCAUCCGGACCGUCAGUAAUGAUGGGCGAAGAAGCAAAGGUCAACAACCCGACUGAAAAUAAACCAGCCAAGAAAAAGAGAGAACGAAAGCAUCGUCAAGGAUUUUCAAUCGUGAUCGAAGAAUGUAUGGAGUCCAGCGUGCGUAUGGAUUUUGGGCAGCUCCAGGUCGCGAAAGCGCAGAGCAAGAUGCAGCAAGUAUAUAAUGAAUCCAAUUCCGACUGGACUUCUAAUUCUGAAUGGGAUUCCGAUGCACCAUACCCUCCUCUACAGAUCAAGAAUUGUAACCUCCGCGACUACAACAUCCCUGUCAAUGAUAAGACCGCCAUGGAAAAUCUCGGACUAGAGCAAUUAAUACUUACGGAGACGAAAGAUAUUCUUACAACCUCAUGCAUUUCUUGGUUGCGAAAAUAUCAUCCUGAUUUGGUGGCCAAGGAAGGAUGGGGUGAUUGCAGAAAAGGUUCUUUGGAGCUAUACCAUGAGAUGUUCGAAUCUUCAGCUGAGAUCAAAAAUAACACUCUCCAACUCGUUGACGGAGAAACUGCAGAAACCUUCCUCACACUUCUCAAGAAAGUGCGACAGAUUAGACACUGUGUCUUUCGUCGCGGUCUUUGCAUCGGUAUAACUAUCAGCAUCGUCGAGCUCAUGUUACAAGAUGCGAUCCGUCUUACCAGAAUGGUAGGAGGAACAGAGAGCUUGUCGAUGCUAGAGAAGUUCCGCAGUCGACUUGCGAGGGAGAUUGCUUUGAAUGAGGAUGUGAAGGUUGCAUCGGAUAGAUUGAGGUCAAUGUUUGAGAAAGAAGAACUUGACAUGAAGAAUGAGAUUCAGGUUCAUGCGAUUGGAGCAGAGAGAGUUAAGCUUGAUGAUGUGAUUGAGCGGAAGAUGCGCAGGCUGGAGGUUAUUGAUGAGCAGUUUGCGGAUGAAGUGGAGAGUGAGCUUCAGGAUGUGCAUGGUUCUUGA